CCUCCAACACAAAGGAGAGAUGACAACACAAGACAGGAUUAAGCGGCUGCAUACACUGAAUCCCUUCUUGGAUGAACAAGGAGUAAUGAGAGUGGGAGGUCGGCUGAAACAUUCUACCCUGCAUCCAUACAUCAAGCAUCCGGCAAUUUUGCCAAAAAGCAGCCACAUUUCAAAGUUGUUGAUUGAACACUAUCAUCAACAAGUACAACACCAGGGUCGUGGCAUAACAAUGAAUGAACUUCGAUCAAAUGGCAUCUGGAUACUUGGAUGUAGUCACGCAGUGUCUUCCUUCAUCUACAAGUGCGUCAAAUGUAGAAAGUUAAGAAGAAGUGCUCAAGUACAAAAAAUGGCAGACUUACCUCAUGAUCGAGUAGAAACAACGCCUCCUUUUACUUAUUGUGGAAUGGAUUGUUUUGUUCCGUUUUACAUAAAGGAAGGAAGGAAAGAACUGAAGCGUUAUGGUCUGCUAUUCACUUGCUUAUGCUCUCGUGCUGUUCACAUAGAAGUACUCGAUGACAUGACUGCGGAUUCUUUUAUCAAUGCCUUGCGAGCCUUCAUUGCCAUUCGUGGAAAUGUGCGUCAACUUCGGUCUGAUCAGGGUGCUAACUUUGUGGGUGCAAAACGUGAGCUUCAGCAGACUGUAAGACAGAUGGACCAAGAAUCCCUAAAACGAUUGGGUUGUGAGUUUGUCAUGAACACACCAGCUGCCAGCCACAUGGGCGGAGUUUGGGAAAGGCAGAUCAGGACAAUAAGAAGUGUUUUAACAUCUAUUCUCCAUCAGUCCUCCAGCAGACUUGAUAGCUCGUCCCUGCGAACAUAUUUUUAUGAAGUCAUGGCAAUCAUAAAUAGCAGGCCCUUAACGGCGCACUUGCUUAAUGAUCCCACUGGACCACAGCCUCUCACACCCAACCACAUUUUGACAAUGAAAUCCUCAGUCAUCUUGCCACCACCAGGACAGUUUGUGACAGAAGAUGUUUAUCUUCGCAAAAGAUGGCGCAGAGUGCAGUUUUUGGCGAAUGAGUUCUGGUCCAGGUGGAAAAAGGAGUACCUGCUAAAUCUCCAGCAGAGGCAAAAAUGGCACAAGGCCCACAGAAACUCGAAGGUCAACGACAUAGUCAUUCUUCAAGAUGAAAGCGUGCCUCGAAAUGCGUGGAAACUGGCUAAAGUUACAAAGGUCUUUCCUAGUGCAGAUGGUCAUGUUAGGAAACUGCAAUUGUUGAUCAGUGAUUCAGCACUUGAUGGUCAGGGAAAACGACUCACUAAGCCAGUAUAUUUGGAGAGGCCUAUCACUAAAACAGUAACACUCCUUGAAGCAAAUAACACAGAGUCAUGAGUAAAAACUACUUACAUUAAAACUCUUGAGUGUUUUAUUUGACCUUCUUCAGUUGUUAAGAAAUCACAAGUGAUUUGGUGGGAGUGUAACUGCCAGCAACGGCAUUUGCAAGUUGUUUAAGUUUAAGUUUACAUAUUAAUUUCAGUGAUGCAUAUUUUAUGUUCAUUUGCUGUUAAACAGUCCUUGUAAUUAUUAUCGGAGUGGUAAUAAUCACGUUAUCAGUUAAUGGAACUUUUGAGUUGAUUUUUGUUUCCGUCAGGACCGUUAUUGUUGUAACACGCUACAGACAGAGCACAUGGACUACGGAGAAAGUGUCAGCAUUUACGUUAUAACAAGAAGAAAGUGUGAAGAGUUUAACUUUAUUCCCUUUACAUGGAAAAGGACUUGGGUCAUUUCAAGAGUUGUUGCAGAAAGGUCUUUUAACCCCCUUUGUGGUAUUGCGGCCAACGAGUUCUCACGGCAUGUUUGAUGGCACCUGUGUGCAAUAAACGCCCGUCAACACAGAACGCCUUGUGUCCGUGAUGUAUCCAGAGGGGAGUUACAAAAUAGGCCACCGUGCCAU